CUGUGGAGCUUUCAGACAACUUCGCCUAACUUUCCUGACAGAAAACAAGUAACUCAUUGCAUUAUAACAACCUUAACUUAAGGUUACAAGUUCAACAGUUUGGUGCAGGGUGCUCUUUUAUUGAAACAUCUAAAAAGCCCUGCUAGUUAAUACUGUUAGGCUCGCUAACGUUAGCUAAGGAAACAGUCCUCCUGGUUUGACAGCUAGUUUACAGUCACUGUUAGAACGAUGGAGAGUUCAUUCGUAAAAGACAACCCACUCCUCUUACCUCUCAACAAGGAGAAAACCGUUUAUGACGGAUUCAUAACAGUCCAGGAACGCGACUUCAGAUUGAGAAUACUACUACCUCCAGAUCGCGAAGUUAAACGGGCCAGGCUGCACUGCUGCUGGCAGUUAAAACACCUGUUGCAUGGCUAUGAGCACGUAGUGAAGCAGAGGCAGCAGCAGUCGCCUGAUCUUGUCACUUUCAUUCUGGAGCUGAAGACCGUCUUGGAAGUGGGUCUGAAGAGCCGCCAUGAGUGCCGCUCCAUCCCACCUCCACAGUAUUACGCUCAGCUCAUCUCUGAGAUGGAGACCCUUGGGUGGGGCAAGCUGCUCUACAUAGACACAGAGUUCCGAACGCUGAGACUGAACGCGGAGGACUCCUCGGGAAGGCAGCAUAUCCUCAAUAUUAAACUCAAGUCUAAGCACCCUGUGGAGGCUCCUGAAUGCUCUGCUGACCUGCCGGUGCCUCUGGCAAUAACCUGGACUCCACAGAGCACUCUGGAGCAGCUGCACAGCCAGUUCCUGCUGCUCUUGGAGUCCCUGACUGAGUUCUGGGAUAUCUUGGAUGAGAUUGACAGUAAGACCUGGAUUCUGGAACCGGAGAAACCCAGCCGCUCGGACACCAUGAGGCGUAUCGCCAUCGGAAACAACACAUCCAUCAAGGUGGAGGUGGAUCCCAGACACCCUAAGAUGCUGCCAGAGUGCUGCCUGCUGGGAGCUGAGCAUGCGGUGACUCCGCUGAGGAACAAGCUGAACGGCAACAUGCACCUGUGGAACCCGGACUCCAGCGUCUUGUACAACCUCCGGGAUGUUUUGGAGAUGGAAUUCCCGUCACCUGCCACCCACGAAAAAUCUAGCUUCAGUGUUGAGUGCGGGAUCUGUUACUCCUAUCGUCUUGAAGAUGCGAUCCCCAAUCAGGUGUGCAAUGACCCUCGCUGCGGCCAGCCAUUCCACCAGGCCUGUCUGUACGAGUGGUUGCGAGCGCUCCCCUCCAGCCGGCAGAGCUUCAGCAUUGUUUUCGGAGAGUGCCCUUACUGCAGCAAGCCUAUUACGGUGAAAAUGGCCGCCCAGAAGUCCUAAGGAGUGUGUUCCAGUGAUGAUAGACUAGAAGAUCCCUUGAAUUUUUUUCAAAAAGGUUUGAAUUCACGAUGGCAAACACAGAGAGCAGCACCCAGGAAAAGGAAUACGCUUGCGAAAAAGAACAUGGAGAGCAAACCGUUUCUGCGUGUGGGAGGAGCUGCAUGUGUGUGUUCGUACCACUGAGUCUGAGGCAGGUCACAGUCAUUCUUAGGAGCUGCCCACCCCUGGUUCACAUACUCCUGGUUGGGCAUCCUUUCCUCCCUUCUCCCCCCCUGUGCAUCCCAGUGUUUCCUCCCGUGCAUCAGGAGUUGUUGUUUCUUGCCCUCCAGAGUCGACGACAAACCGUCUGCUUUUCUGCCGGUCAAUUUCUGUUAAAGAUUAAAGUUGGCUUUUGAUAUGGAUUUCUUUUUUCAAAACAUCUUCACAAAGACUUCUUUGUUUUAUUUAUCUCAUACUAAUAAUAUUCACAGCAAAUAAAUAACGGUCUGACAGCUUCUCGUCUUCACACCUGUUUCGACUGAGUUACGCGGCCGAUAGGGGGGCCCCUCAGAUAGCAUGCAGCGAUGGGUCUGGGACUGGCCUCCUCCUCCUCAUCCCCCUCAUAAUCACCAUCCUCUUCGUCCUCCUCUUCCUCCUCAGAUUCACUGUCAUUUUCUGCAUAAGCCACAGCCGCUCUUGGCCUAAAGGAUCUGCUGACAGCGGGCACACCUUCAACUUCCUUCUAGAACAAACAGCAGAAAAAAUAACUGAAUUAUUAAUUGAUUUGUAAUAUUUGAUAUUUUGGAGUGCAAUGAUGUUUCCUUGUUUCUGUGUUUACACUGUAGAUGCGUCCGGAUUUAAAAAAAAUAAAAUAUACUUCAAUAAUUUCUUUUGAGACUGUUGAAAGGAUUAUGAAAACACAGACUUUGCCGCUUCCUGUUGACCCUAACCACAGAUGAUUCCAUUAUCAACUUAUGAUUGGACCAUACCAUUUACAAAGUCAAAAUGGAGUUUUCCACUCCGUUGCUAUCACGUUUUAUUCUCAGUGUUCUGUGAGACAUGAGUCUUGGUUUAAUAACAUUUCUUGAAUGAUUCAGAUUCCAAGAUCAUUUUUACAAA